AUGGCACCCGCCAACUCGGAUCACCCAGAGGCAUCUUCGCACUUUCGCCACCGCUCCUCACACCGCCACCACCGCUCCGACAGGGACAGGGACGGGGACAGGGACACCGACGACCGCUCAGACCGACGCCGCUCCCAUCACAGGUCUUCGCGCCGUUCGCGCUCCCGCUCCCGCUCCCGCUCCCCGUCCCGCCCCGGCUCCCCCUCCGCCGAUCGAGACUCGCGCGACAGACACACAAAGAGGCGCAAGGGUCACGACCAAGAUGACCGCUCAGACCGACACCGCUCCUCGCACCAUCGCAGCCAUCGGGAUGAAUCAGGGCGCCCGAGCAGCAGCACCACCAGCAGCAGGCACACCAGGCGCACAGCCGACGACGACGGCCGCCAGACCAUCAUCGACGACGACAAUGCUGGCGACAUCGGACAACCACCAGACGCCCUCGACCUCGCCCUGGAUCGACCCCAGGACUACAUCCCCACUAGCGAGUCGCUCUCGCUCACCUCCAAGCAGGUCCCCUCGCGCGACCCGCACCCUGCACCGCUGCCCGGCCACGCCCUCACCGAGACAAAGCUGCAGCGCGACGACUGGAUGCUCAGCGCACCGCAGGCAGACGGUACGCGGUACCAGGGCGACGACUACGACGCCACCGACGCCACUGCCGCCCGGGCCAGGAUCGAACAAAACUACUUCUCCAACCUAGGCCAACCGAGGGAGAAGAAGCGCAAGGCAAAGGAAGACAAGCCCGACCCGGAAAAGCUCCAGAUCAGCAGCAGGGAGCUCAACACGCAGCUCGUAGAGGGCAAGUCGGUCGACGAGUACGCCGAACAGCCCCGCCAGCGCCCCCAGCACGGGGCACCCGGCCACCAGUGGCGGAUGAUGAAGCUCCGCAAGGUGUACGAGGCGGCAGAGGAGGAACGACGGCCCGUCGAGCAGGUCGCCUUGGAGCGCUACUCCAGCCUUGACGAGUUCAACGAGGCCAGGGCGGAGCGUCAGUUUCUCGACGACCGCGAUCGCGCCAGGGGCAAGGGCGACGGAAAAGGCAAACCAAAGGGCGGUCCAGGCAGCAACGCCGCGGCAGCGGGCAAGGGGACACCGAUCCAGAACGUCACGCGGCGAAGCUUCAUGUUCUCCGACUCGCCUGGACCCGCGGCUGGCCUGGGCGCGGGACCGUCGCGACCCAGCAGCCGCCAGAGCUUCCGCAGGCCCGGCGAGGCUUCGAUGCCCUCGACGCCCCUCGCGUCCACGCCUGCACCCGUCGCUCGCGGCACGAGCUUCCGGCAGAGCGGCUACGACACACCGGGCAGCCGCAGCGACUCAUCGACCAAGCCCAGCACGCCCAUCCCGAGCGUCUUCACGCCCGUCAUCACCAAACCGCGCGUCGAUGCGGCGGGCACGGUCGCGACGACGGACGAUACCGCGGCGGCCGCCGACGGUUCAUCGAGCGACGCGACCCGCCACGCCAUGCAGCAGAGCCAGGCGCGCGACGCCAACACGCAGCCGCCGCUGAGCGCCAACGAGCUCAACAAGCUGCAGGCCAAGGCGAUGAGGGCCGAGCUCAUGGGCGCCGCCAAUGCAAAGGAGCUCAAGGACGAGUACGAACGCGAGAGCGCGCGCGCCAGGAGCGGCGGCGACCGGGGCGCUGGCUUCUUUAGCACCAGCGGACCAACUAGUGCCGUUCGCCCCUUGGCGUCCGGCGAUCAGGCAGGCGACGCAGAGGUGACCGAGGUCCAGGUCCUGCCGACGCUCGACGGCCGAGGUCGCCUCUACGACGUCGGCACCGGUGCGCCCGGCGACGAGGAUCCGAACGCCAGCCGGCCCGGCGCUCGGCGCAAGAAGGAAAAGUUCGAGACGCACGACGCCAAGACGGGCGAGAGGCUGCGGUACAAUGCCGACGACGACAGCGUCACGCUGGCCGACCUGGUGCGGCAGGAGCGCUUCGGCGGCGGGUCCAAAGACCAGAAGGACCUCGACGCCGAGCUGGCGAGCCACAUUAUGCACGACGCAGCCUACCAGCACGACGAGGACUACAUCGACGACAACUCCGAGAGGCUGGCUCGGAAAAAGAUGAAGUCGGACGCCAUGAAGCGGCAGUUUGCCAUCCAAGACUUUGCCAAGACGAAAAAGGUGCUCGACACGUGCAUCUACUGCUGGCAGGACGAGGGGGCGACGCCGCCGCGGGCCACGGUGAUUUCGAGCGGCACGCGGGCGUACCUGGCGCUGCCCGAGUACGAGAGCCUGACGCCGGGCCACUGCGUGAUUGUGCCGAUGCAGCACCACCUGUGCUCGCUCGAGGCCGACGAGGAUACGUGGGACGAGAUCAAAAAUUUUAUGAAGUGCCUGAUGCAGGCGGCCGCGGGGCGCAACGAGCGGGUCGUCUUCUACGAGACGGUGCUCAGCCUCAAGCACCAGAAGCACACGCUCAUUGAGGCCGUCAGCGUGCCCAACGAUGUCAUGGACGUGCUGCCUGGCAUCUUCAAGGAAUCGCUAUCGAUGGUGGAAGACGAGUGGUCGACCAACGCCAAGGUGAUUGACUUUAGCGCCAAAGGGUUCCGCAACACGAUGGUGCCGCAGCUGCCCUACUUUAUGGUGCAGUGGGACUACCGCGGCACGCGCGGCUACGGCCACGUCAUUGAAAAGGCCGACGGGGCGAUGCAGGACCACGAGAGCCGCAACGCGUUCGACGUCGACGAAGGAGGGCGCAGCGGGGGCGACUUUCCACGCUGGUUUGCGGCCGAGAUCAUCGGCAACCAGCUCGACCUGGAACCGAGGCGGUGGAGGAAGCCCAGGCGGCUGGGUGCACGCGACCAGGAGCAGAGGAAGAGGGAGUUUCGCAGGUGGUGGGAUCCUGUUGAUUGGACAAAGAUGCUCGUCGAGCAGCAGCAGCAGCAGCAGCAGCAGCAGCAGCAGCAGCAGCCGUCGUCGUCGUCGUCGUCGUCGGCGGCGGGGGCAGGGAGAAAGUAG